AAAAAUGUCAAAAGGAAAUUGUCAUUUACAUUUAUAAAACCGCUAGCGAAAUGUCUGAAUCUACCGGUGAAAUAAAGCCCCGAGCUGUAGUUUUAGGAGGGUGCGGCUUCAUCGGGCGGAAUCUGGUUGAAUAUCUAAUAAGCAACGACUUAGUGAGUGAGUUGCGAGUGGUGGACAAAACUCCGCCACAACUGGCCUUCCUCAAUCCAACACACACCAAAAUCUUCGAGGACCCCCGCGUUGAAUACAAGAGUGCAAAUUUAAUCAAUCCAACAUCAUGCGCGACAGCUCUCCACACGGAUGGCGAGCCCUGGGAUGUGGUGGUGAACUGCGCGGGAGAGACGCGCAUGGGGCAGACAGAGGCAGUCUACUCGGAGGGUAUUUUUACGCUGAGCUGCAACGUGGCCCGGCAGUGCGCCAAGAUGAAAGUCGGAAGGCUGGUCGAGAUCUCCAGCGGGCAUAUGUACAGUAGUGAUAAGCCACAAAAGGAGGAUUGUCCCAUAGAGCCAUGGACGGUGGAGGGCCGCAUGAAGAGCAAGGUGGAGCAGGAGCUGCGCAGUCUGGAGCCCGAGCUCAGCUACACCGUGCUGCGCCCCGCCAUAGUGUACGGUAUCGGCGACAGGCGGAGCUUGACUCCUAGGCUUCUGAUCGGUGCUAUAUACAAACACCUCGGUCAGACGAUGAAGCUCCUCUGGACGGCGGACCUGAAGAUGAACACGGUGCAUGUAGAGGACGUGUGCCGCGCCGCCUGGACCCUGGCCCGUACUCCGGAGGCCCAGGGUCAGGUGUACAAUGUGGUGGACGAGGCCGACAGUACACAGGGCAGUCUCGCCAAACUCGUCUCAGAGAUAUUCAAGAUCAAACACGAUUACUACGGCACGGCGAUAUCCACGCUCGCUAAGAGUGACAUAAGCGCGGUGGUAGAGCAGGCGAAUGACACACACCUGAGUGCGUGGGCCGAUAUUUGCCGGCGGCAUGACAUCCCGCACACGCCUCUGGACCCAGCUGCCGGCGCUGAGCUGCUGCUCAACCGCCAGCUGUGUCUCUCUGGUGCCCGCAUCGCCGCAAUACUGCGUCCGCGUCACCCAGCACCCACUGCAGCUGCACUCACACAGGUACUUGAGGACUAUGCUUCAAUGAACCUCUUCCCUAAAGAGUUCUUGCUAUGACGCGCCUCUCCCCCUUGGUAAAUGUUCCCAGUAGGGAUGUGCAGUGGUUACCCCUAGGACCAGCCACCCCUCAGGGUGUGUGGGGCCAACGCAGAGCUUCACUAUUAUCGAAAUUAUUAUAAUCCCAAAAAAAAAACCAAUAUUUUUCGGCAUAUUCUGUGAUAAUAAGUGAGAAAUCCAAUUUUGCUCAACAUAUUUUUGGAUGAAUUUCAUUUAAGAUGCUAAAAUACUCCUAAAAUAUUUCAGACAAUAAAAUUAAUAAUACAUUAAAGAG